AAAGAACAGAAGGAGGCUCCUAGCUCCUUCCUGGGCUCAGCCGGCAGCACCUGGGCCUGUCGGCAACUGCGCACCAAACAGACCGGACUGCAUCUCCCGGGCCAAAAGCGUCGCCUGGCCAGGUCAAAUUAGCCAAAUCUGUUCUAAAUCCUCUUGAUGAAGCGCAACCGUAUGUGGCAUUGCAGCCAGCAAGUAUCCUCCCCACCUAGAUUUUCCAGCCUGGGACUUCAGAUACUCCCAAAUCCAGGGUUUGAAUUACAGGGGAGCCCCCCCUCCCCGUAGUUCAUUGCACAGGGGUGCACCCUCCGCUACACAGUGCCAUUCACAUCCAUCUCUUGGGUACCAGACCAGUGCAGCGACUCCACUUGAUCUCAGCCCACAAGAGGAUGGGGUAGGACAGACUCUGCUUUCCCCGCAGCCAGCACCGGGGAGCUCAUGCAGCGAGCACCCCAACCCAGGCACUGCCAGGGCAGCCUUGGGGCAGGCAUGUGCAGGUGGGGGCGCAGCUGCCAGAGGGCUGCAGGGAAAGGGACUUUUUAGAAAUAAUGUGAUUAUUUGAUUUUUAUUUUUUAAUUCAGGGAUUUUUUUAAGCUCCCAGCUCUAAAGGAUCCAGCCAUAGGAGGGAGGGCUACUGGGGGCGGGAGCAGGAAGAGGAGGGACGGGAAGGGCCGCGCAGCCUCGCUCCUCCUGCCGCCCGCGGGGACUAGCCGUGCAGGCAGCCAGGAGCCCUGACACCCAGCGAGCACGAGCCCAGAGGAGAUGGCUGCAGAGCUGGAGCCGGUGCCAGGCCCGGGCUUCCCCUUCCCGGUGCCGAUGGAGGAGCAGGACCCAGCAGGGAAAGUGCCUCCCGUCGUGCAAGCCGGGACCGGUGGGUCAUCCCCGAGGCGGGCAGCGCCGCAGCAGGUGAAGCAGGAGCCGCCGGAGGAGCCGGUCCAACGCUGGGAGAUCCAGUGGCAGGAGGUGAUGCAGGCCUCCGACGCCAAGCUGCCCUCGGCCACCCCCAGCCCGGAGAUGUGGCGCCGGCGCUUCCGCGGCUUCCACUACCAGGAGGGCGAGGGGCCGCGGGAGGUGUGCAGCCGCCUGCGGGAGCUGUGCCAGCGCUGGCUGGAGCCCCAGCGCCGCAGCAAGGAGCAGAUGCUGGAGCUAGUGGUGCUGGAGCAGUUCCUGGCCAUCCUGCCCCAGGAGAUGCAGAGCCAGGAGUGGGGGCGCGGCGUGGAGACCUGUGCCGAGGCCGUGACCCUGGCCGAGGGGUUUCAGUUGCAGCAGCCGGAGGAUGAGACCUUCCACGUCACGGUUCGUGUGAAGGUUGAGGAGGUGGCCUCGGACAUCAUGACACCCACGGGUGCAUUGCAAGAACCUCUUGACUCCUGGGUGGUGCAGCCGCAGCCCCACCCUGCUCGCGUGUCCCAGGAGGAGGCAGGACAGGGUGAAUCCCCAGAGCCCCAGGAGGAGCUGCCUCAUGUCCCCAAAGAGGAGCCUGCAUCCCACCAGGAGCCAGAUUCCCCCGACACAGAGGAGACCUGGGAUUCAUCGGCCGAUGAAAGCUCCACCAGCUGGUUCACCAAGCGAGACCCGUCCCUGGGAGCAGAGUAUCGAGGUCUCACCCCGGACUUAAUCUGCCGCAUCCAGCGAGGGGAGGCGGAGCUCUGGGUCUGUGAAGAUGAGGACCGUGGAGAAAGCUCAGGGUCCGAGGGCCCGUCCGCAGCAGGUGCGUGGACGCUGAUUCGAGCUGCGGAGCAGCCUCCUGAGGAGGUGCCAGCCAACCUGGAGCUGCCGCGGACAUUUCCAGGGAGACUGGGGGAGAAGGGUCCUCUGAGACCUGAGCCGGGCCGGCUGCAAAAGAGGCUGCAUGGACCGCAGAAGCAGAAGAAGAACGUGACCGCAGGCGGGAGGGAGAGCGAAACCAGGGCAGAGCCCAAGAGGAGCCAGGGGUGCAGGGAGGAGCUGCGGGACGUGAAGAGAGGCAAGACAAAGCUUCACCAAAGAGUGAGGCGGCCUCCAAACCGGCCCACACGGGAACAGGAGCUGGCUGCCAAGCGCCAGGAGAAAGCCCACCCCUGCCCGGAGUGUGGGAAGGUCUUUGAGUUCCCGUCUCACCUGGCCUUGCACAAGAGGGUGCACACUGGGGAGAAGCCCCACCAGUGCCCCGAGUGUGGGAAAAGCUUCAACCACCCCUACCACCUGGCUCAGCACCGGCGCAUCCACUCGGGGGACAUGCCCUACCGGUGCGCUCAGUGCGGAAAGGGCUUCAUCUGCCCCUCCUACCUGACCCGGCAUCAGCGUGUCCAUGCCCAGGAGGACGUGUGACGCUGCUGCCAGCGUGGGAAGGCUUUGGGGGCUGCUCCAGCCAGGAAGAGCUCAACCCCCACAUUGUCCCUCGCCAGCCACUGCAGGAAGAAAGGGAGCUCCCCCUUCCUCUGGCAUGCUGCGGGAAGCUAGUGUAAGCGUGACUGCUCCCAUCGCCCCUCCGACAAGGGGAGUGAGGUCAGGAUCCAGCCCAGGAUCAGACCCCAGCGAGGCAGAGCUGUGGUGAGCAGGGAGGCUCUUAGGGAGGGGUCAGCACUGAUGC